AUGACAAAAACAACAGCUCGAUGCUACAAUAUCUUCUAUAGAAAACUCAGCAAAAAAGGCACUGUAGAGGUGGUCGAGCGUCAGCUGUUCGUGGAGGGGUCCGCAGAAGAUUCUGAUACUGCUGUGCGACUGAUAGCUCUAGAGGUUAACAUAACUGCUAUUGAGUUAGAUUCAGUUGUUGUUGAAACAGCAAGGAAAUGGUUUGGCGUUAUUGAAGAAGAAAAUCACCGUGUGAUUGUACAAGAUGGUCUCGAGUACUUGAAAGAAGCUAGCAAACGGGAGAGACCUGAUGUCAUAGCCUUGGAUGCAUGUGAUGAAGCCAUUAGAUCGCCGUGCCCUGCUAAAGUAUUUCGGGAUGUGGAAGUGAUCGAGAGGCUCAGAAAUGCUCUUACCCCUACAGGACUGGUUCUCACCUUAUACGUCUCACUUGCAUCUUUCUACAGCAAAAAAUACCAAACACAUCACUAUCACACCCAGCCGGGACCAAUUUCGAGAUUCCUCUCCGACACAUACUACGGAGAAGGCCCUCUGGGCAGAAUGAUCACUGUUGAUUUAUACAACCAACAAAAGCAUGAGCUUCGUCGCCACUGCCCCUUUUUGGUUCCGCUAUAUACUGCGAUCAACAAGAAAACAAAAUCUCAGAGAAUGACCACCUAUGUCUCAGAGCUCAACGUAAUUAUGAAGUCAGGGCAGGGAUGGUAUAAGUUGGAACAGGUCGGUUACUGUGUUAAGGGGUAUAAGUGCGGGGCUACCAAGCCACUAAUGGAGAUUCGUGUAAAGAAUAAACUCUCGGACGUUCUUUACACAUCGGAUAUGGAGGAAGUCGGUGUCGUGAGUAAGUGGAAGGGCUGGGUCUUGGAUACCAGCCCAAUAUGUUACUUACUGUGUACUUAUGGUGAUCGUUGUUUGUUAGAACACUGGUGA